UACAGCAUUAUAGUUCUAUUGUUUCCAUCGUUAUAUAUCUUAUUCAAAGCAGGCUAAAAUGUCUCUACAGAGACUUACUGGUAAAGCCGCCGUCGUCACCGGUGGCGCUAACGGGCUGGGUCGCGCAAUUUGUCAAAAGUUUGCCGAGGAAGGCGCAAGUGUUGCAAUAGUAGAUAUUGAUGUUCAAGGGAUGGAAGAGGUUCUCAGCUUGUUGACACGUAACAACAACAAUGUUCACUGUACCAUCAAAGCAGACGUCACCGUAGCAAAGGACGUCGCAAAAUGUUUUAAAAUUGCUGAAGAAAAAUUGGGAAAAAAAGUUACAAUUCUAGUCAACAGCGCAGGAAUGUUUUGUGGAUUAAAACCUAUUGGUGAUGUAACUGAAAAAUUGUUUGAUGACGUCGUACAGUUGAAUUUGAAAGGUACCUUUCUUCCCUGCAAAGAGUUCAUUAACUCGCUUGAGAAUUCAGAAGUGUCCGGUUCGAAGGGAUCUAUUGUAAAUAUAUCAACCAUUGAUGGAAUAAAAGGAAAUGCAAAAAUAGCGCCGUAUAGCAGCUCAAAAUUUGGAGUAGUAGGAUUAACUAAAACCUUAGCAAUGGAAUACGAGAAACAUAAAGUUCGUUGUAACGUAGUGCUGCCAGGCUCCAUUGAUACUCCAAUGUUGGAUACCGUUGGGGAUGGGAUUAAAAGUAUACUUCUUAAAAUUAUACCAAUGAGUAGAUUUGGCAAACCAGACGAAGUAGCAAAUGCUUGUCUUUUUCUUGCUUCCGAAGAAAGUUCCUACAUGAACGGCGCUAACUUGGAAGUUACUGGAGGACUGUGGUGCUAAAACUAUACAUGUAAUGAAUUCAUUGUAAUUGUGUUCAUUGUAUAUUGCAGAUAUAUCUAUGACCUUCGAAUCUUGCUAUAUUUUUAGAAAUGACCUUUUCCAACAUUUCCAAUUAUACCGAAUAAUGGCAAAUUUCACUUGUACAUCAUUACUUUUUGAGGUAUGUAGAGCUGCUGGUGAGCAAAUGAAGAACAUACACAUACAUGAAUACGGAAAAUACCAUAAUUGCAGUACCAGUUGACAGAAGUUCAGAAUGAAUUGGUCCAGAAAUAUUUAUUUCGUCACAUUUUUUACCAGUUUUGUACUGACUACACUUUUUAUUGUACCAAAUACGUUAGGACAAAAUGUAUCGACUAGCACGAACAUCUUCUCUCCCAGGUUGAUAAUACACGAUGGAAACCGGCCACCCAUAAUCAAACUAAACAUUUCUCUCGGCAUGCAGUUCGGCGAUAUUUUUCAUAGUUGCCAAAUCGAGGAGAAUGUGGCGAGCUUUUGUGGUUGCGCUUGUGUUGGAAUUCUUUUCAUUUACUGUUUAGUGCGUGAUAUAGUAUUAGUACAAUGCUAUAUGACACAGUUCUGGUCUGCACACGCGAAAAGAAAAUGACUGGAUAAUUUUAUGCUAAGCAAAUGGCUAUAAUUUCGCUACCUCAAUUGUGUUACGUCAGCGUUAUGUUGAGUUUUCAUGCUUCCCGCGGAAUUUGUUGAAAUGGAACAUAUCGUUGUAAGACUUAUAGAUUAUAUUGCCCAAGUUCAAUGUAUGUUCGACUAUUUUAAGACAGUGGCGAAAUAGAGGAAAAGUGAUCAUGUAUGCGAGGCCACACGUUAGAUAGGUCCGAAUAUAAGGAUCUAAGAUUGCGAGU